AUGGCAGAAAAUGCAAAGGUUCGGGUCGCUCUCAUCGGCGGAGGCACUAUAGCUCCAUUGCAUGCCGAGUAUCUCAUCUCAUCACCAACAUGUGAGCUGGUGGCAAUUGUUGAUCCAUACCCCCCGGGCCGUGCAUUGGCAUCGGCCUUGUCUCUCCCGCACUUCGAGUCUGUCGCAUCACUUUUGAGCUCCCAACAAAACCCACCAGAGGCCUACGUGAUCUGUGUACCUUCGAGCCUCCAUGUUUCCAUAGCGACAGAUGUCAUUAAUCAGGCACAGCCAAAGGCCUUGCUCAUCGAAAAGCCUUUCUGCACAGAUUCGAGAUCUGGAACAGAGCUUCUCGCACUUGCAAACGAAAAAGGUUGCAAAAUCCUCGUCGGACACCACCGCAGAUUCCACCCCUCACUGUCAACUACACGGUCAGCGAUUGAAGAUGGAAAAAUUGGGAAGAUUACAGCCAUCUCGGGAAUGUGGACUGCGAAAAAAGAUGACGCCUAUUUUGCUUCUGCCACCUGGCGAGCAACGCGGUCCGCUGGAGGAGGGCCGAUCUGGACAAACUUCGUGCAUGAUAUCGACGCCCUUCAUUUCCUCACCGGUGCCAGAGUGACUUGUGUCUGGGCCAUAAACACCACGCCCAGAAGAAAACAUGAAGGGGUGGCCGUCGAUGAUAUCGUUGAAGAGGGGGCAGCGAUUAUGGCUCAAUUCUCCAAUGGGGUGGUUGGAACCUUCUUGGUGAGUGACAAUGUGGCGAGCCCAUACGGUUGGGAGGCUGCGACUGGGGACAAUCCGUUAUAUCCAAAGGCAGAGACUCCGGUGGAUAUUUAUCGCAUCCUGGGCACAGAAGGGAGUAUUGUUGUCCCCGAAAAUACGCUUUGGACCUACGAUCCGGAGACGGCGGAGGGUGGGUGGAAAACUCCAAUGAUACGAAUCGAGAUUCCAGUCGCCGAGGAGAUUCCAUUUCAAAACCAAGCGGAACAUUUGGCUAGAGUGGUGCGUGGCUUGGAAGGUCCUAUUUGCUCGGCCGAGGAUGGACUAGCAGCAGUCUCCGUUUGUGAGGCUAUUGUUACAGCCCUGAAGGUAAAGGACGGACUCCCGAUCCGAAUCCCAGAUACUUCGCGUAUAUAG